AUGAGGCCGUCUCUCUUUCUAUUACUCAGCAGCUCUUGGCUUCAUACCGGCGUGGGCGAGGUCCAGGAGGAUACCCCGCCAUGCUUCCCAAUGAUCAAUGGCUGCUCUGAGGUAACGACCGGUUACGUCCUUCCAAAUCACUUCGCCCCCUUCAACGUCUUCACGACCUGGUCGAGGGGAUGCCUUGAUCUUGAUUUGAAGCACGCACUCGAUGGUGAGAUCCAGCUGGAUCAAGCCCAGUGGCGCAACCUUGUGCCGGUUCUGGAGCGCGCUUUGGGAAUGCAACUCAAAUACGCAUCUCCUGAAGGGCACCAAAACGAGAUGAACAAGGAUUUGUGGCGAGGGUGUGUCGGAGGUUAUGAAUGGGAUUGUGUGGACUUCUGGGCCGCUUUUGAUCCCUCUCUCCUUGAAGCUCUUCUGGAGCUAGCUCGGUCCAAGUUCUGA